GGGGCGCCACCGGAAGCGGAAGUGGGAGCUGUGGCGGAGAGGGAUGGAGGAGCCCGAGAUGCAGCUGAAGGUGAAGAAAGUUACAGACAAAUUCACAGAGAGCAUGUAUGUGCUGGCCAACGAGCCCUCUGUGGCCCUGUACCGACUCCAGGAGCACGUCCGGCGAUCGCUUCCAGAGCUCGCUCAGCACAAGUCUGACAUGCAGAGCUGGGAGGAGCAGAGCCAAGGAGCCAUCUACACCGUGGAGUACGCCUGCAGUGCCAUAAAGAGCAUGACCGACAGCAGUGUGUACUUCAAGAGCAUUGACAGUCUGCUCAAGCAUGCCAUUGCCAUGAAGGAUCAGCUGAAUGCCGCUCAGGGCCGCAGUGCUGUUGCCCCACAAGCCAAGAAUCCUCCAGGUAGUUCCUGAUUUCAGACAAGACUGGCUGUCCUCUGCCUUCUUCUCUGGCCCAGCUCUGUGUUCUCUGACCACGUGGAGGAAUAAGAAACCUGCUAAGUCUGUGAAGCUGCACAGAGGCCUGUGCCUGCCUCGGUUCCCAGUAACAAGGUGGUGCAUCUGAGCAGGAAAACCCUGCCACCGGGUUCAGAACUGCCUAUGGGGGGUGCUUUGGGGAGCAGUCGUAUCCCUUUCCACAGUGGGAAGGGAAAUGGGGUGGUUCUGCAUUUGUCCUUUCCAGUUCUUUUUGAUGGCGGACUACUAGGAGACAUUUUUCCUCUCUAACCUUUGGCCACAAAAAUCUCUCAGAAAAAACUAGGUCUUACUUUCAUUUCAGUAUUUUGUAGUUGGCUGUGUCCAGACUGAAUUUAGGCACACUUCAGCCUUGUUCGGGGGGUGUUCUGCAAGGAGAGCUUUUCAUGUGUGUGCCAAAGAGUCGCUGAGUUUGGUCUUAGUGAGAACAAUAAUAAAAAGGAAAAACAA